AGGCAGGCACAGAGAAGCCACCCAGCCAAGCUGAAGGACCACGAGAAGCAGUAUGUGGGAUUCGCCACCCUGCCUAACCAGGUGCACCGGAAAUCCGUGAAGAAGGGCUUUGACUUCACCCUGAUGGUAGCCGGCGAGUCAGGCCUGGGGAAAUCCACUUUGGUGAAUAGCCUGUUUCUGACAGAUCUUUACAAAGAAAGGAAGCUUCUCAAUGCUGAGGAGCGAAUCAGCCAGACGGUGGAGAUCCUGAAACACACCGUGGACAUUGAGGAGAAGGGUGUCAAGCUGAAGCUGACGAUAGUCGACACCCCAGGCUUCGGAGAUGCUGUUAACAACACUGAGUGCUGGAAGCCCAUCACCGAUUACAUCGACCAGCAGUUUGAACAGUAUUUCCGUGACGAGAGCGGCCUGAACCGGAAGAACAUCCAGGACAACCGUGUGCACUGCUGCCUCUACUUCAUCUCGCCCUUCGGACACGGGCUGAGGCCAGUGGAUGUUGAGUUCAUGAAGGCUCUGCACGAGAAGGUGAAUAUCGUGCCUCUGAUUGCCAAGGCCGACUGCCUGAUCCCCAGUGAGAUCCGGAAGCUAAAGGAGAGGAUCCGAGAAGAAAUUGACAAGUUUGGGAUUAAAGUUUACCAGUUCCCAGACUGUGACUCUGAUGAAGAUGAGGAAUUCAAGCAGCAAGACCGAGAGCUGAAGGAGAGCGCUCCCUUCGCCGUCAUUGGCAGCAACACUGUGGUGGAGGCCAAAGGCCAGAGAGUGCGCGGGCGGCUCUACCCGUGGGGCAUCGUGGAAGUGGAAAACCAGGCGCACUGUGAUUUUGUGAAGCUGCGGAACAUGCUGAUCCGGACACACAUGCACGACCUGAAAGAUGUCACCUGUGAUGUUCACUAUGAGAACUACAGAGCUCAGUGCAUCCAGCAGAUGACCAGUAAGCUGACUCAAGACAACAGGAUAGAAAGCCCCAUCCCUAUCCUGCCCCUUCCAACGCCUGAUGCUGAAACAGAGAAGCUCAUCAAAAUGAAGGAUGAAGAGUUGCGAAGGAUGCAGGAGAUGCUGCAGAAGAUGCAGCAGCAGAUGCAGGACCAGUGAGAGCCAGAAGGAUGGAGGGCAAAGGGAAUCCCUGGUGAUCUUCUGGGGCCCAGCUUGAGAUGUGGCCAUUGUAAAAAGAAGUUCCCCAUUGUGUAGAGACUUGUGGGUGAGAGCUGUCCCCUCCUCUAAUUUAUUAGCAGCAACACUGGCUUUCCUGGCAGCAGGAUUGCAGAAGAGGCUCUUCACUUGCAGUUUACUGGUGUGUUUUUCUUUUGUUUCUUUUAAGCCUGGGAAGUGUCUACGGUGUUUUUAGAACUGUUCCAACUUCUAGAUGUACUAAAACCUUGCUAGGGAAUGUGCCGCUGUUUAGAGUUAUGGUUUCUAUGGCGUACAACUUGAAGAUGCUGUGUAAAUGCACAUAAAUGUUUACUCCCAACCAAGGUGCUGGGACCCUCCCUUUCCCCAUCACCCUGGGCCAGGGCAAGCACCUUGACGGGUAAAUAUUCCCUCUGAACCAAGAGCUCAUGAGUUGGACCAAGCCAGCCAUUCCUCUCCACUGCUCUGGAUGGCAGAGCAGCAGGGGGUGAAGUUGAUCAGGGAACACAGUCCUGCAGGAGUAUUUUUAAGGUGCCUGAACAUUCCUGCCUGAUUUUCCUAUUGAGAAACUCCAGGAUUUUUGCACUGUGAGGAAAGAGAUCAGCCUCCUCCACUAGGUUAGAAAAUACCAGCUUCCACUGCCUUCAUUUAGAGCAGUGUUUCUCAACCAGCAGUCCCUGGCCUGACACCGUUCCCUGAGGUCUCCCUGACGCACUUUGGAAAGGUGGUGAUUCAGCGCCAGAUAUCAAAGGUUGAGAGAACCUGCUUUAGAGCAUAAUUGUGAGGAUGUGGUUAUCUGCAUUGGGAGAACUGGCUUGCAAGAUGAGGCACCUCUGGGAAUUAGUAUUGGAGUAGCCCAGGAGGCGCCAGCAUCUUCCCAGCUCCCUCAACUGUGCUUCUUCUGUGGCCAAAUCACAUGGUAGAUCUGAGUCUCUGGCAGAACUGUGGAGCAGCUAGCAAAGCCUCCUGCUACCUACCUUUUUUGGGUGAGGGAAAUGGUGUCUCAGCUGCCAGCCAGCUUUGCAUAGCUCCUGGGCUCACUUGUAAAGGUAACAGGCCAGUCACAGUGGUAGAGGGACCAAAGAGCUAAGGGCUGUGUCCCCAUUUGUAUUUGAGCAGGGGAAGCCUCAAGGCAGGAGAUGAAUCCUAAACACGGAGCCUUCCUCAUUCCACAUUUGGAGCCUUGUGAGACAGGGAGGGAGGACACCUUUCUCUGCACCUCUCUCGCUGGACUGAAAAGUUCUGUCAGAGCAGAGGAGGCCAGAUAGGCCUAUGGAGGGAGCAGGUUGUUGUUGACUAGGCUGAGGGCAGCAGGGGACUAUCUGAAACCCUGGCAGAAGGCUUAGUGCAGCCCAACUCCAUUAGCUGUGCACACCUGCCUCCCUUCCCUUUCGCACGGGACUCUACCCAACAGCCCUUUUGGGCUGUAGCUUUGGGCUUGCAGACGUGGGCAGUAGUUUCCAGCCCCUGCUCCUAGUCAUGGGGACCUGCGCCAUUGAGUUUCAGGCCAGGGGAA